AAGGAUAGAAAGACACCGUGAAUCGUCUCCUCCCCCUCCGAUUCUCCAUUCUCCGGCGCUCAACGAGCCAAUCUCUUCUCAGAUCCAGAGAGAAAGAAUGUGGCUGGUCAUUGUUGAUCUCCUCUUCUGGGAAGAAAAAAGGUAAUGCCAGAUUGAGAGAUGAAGCUGUUUGAUAUGUCAGUCUUGUGAAUGCUAACCCUUGUGAAGGGAUUAUUGUUGGAUGAGCAGUGGCAAUGCUAUUGGCCGUUGAGGGAGGUGGAUUCUUCUCUUCUUCGGCAACAGGCUAUAGCAAGGGGCUUAGCCUUCUGUUUCUUGGUCAGAAACAUGAAGAAAGAUCCAUGAGAGUUUCACCGUGGAAUCACUACAGAUUAGUCGACCGAGAAGUUGAGUCUGAUAAUCAGCUGGCUUCGAGGAAGAAACAAGCAUCCAAUGGAUGCUCUUCCUUCAUAUGCUUCGGACGUGCAUCAUCUCAAAAUAAUGGACAAUUGCCUUCUGAAGCCACUGGUCCGGUUCAGCAAUCUGAAGCUCUAACAGAUUCAUCCUCGGCUUCUAAUAAUGUUGAGAUCGAUGUUGAUAGUAGUGAAGUUGCUGAGGAGGAUAAACAGAAAGUUUGCCGAAAGAGUAGUCUCAAGAAGGCAUCUGCAGAUUGCUCUGUGAUGGUUGAUGGUACAAUUGAUAAUGCACAAAGUGAUGAGCCUUGUUGUGCUGAAAGGAGGAAAGUCCAUUGGACAGAUGGAUGUGGGAGAGAGCUUGCUCAGAUAAGGGAGUUUGAAGUCAGUGAUGAGAUUGCGUCCGAUGAUGAGUUUGAACACCAAGGCUACAGAAAAUGUCAGUGUGUUAUCCAGUAAAUUUCAUGCUCUCUGCCGAAUUCAAUGAACACAAGAAAAAUCUACUGUUUUCUCCUGCACAGGUGAUAAUUUAUUCUUUCUUCAUGGUUAUUCCCAGAUGAGUUUUCAGGAUUUCAAUUUUGCCUCUUUGAGCUUCUUGCUUUCAUUGUACACCUCUGUCCAUUCUUUUUAAUAUU